CAAGAACUAUGCAAACAAAUCACCCGUGAUUACAUACAUAGUUUAUUAUUUACUUCAGUUUCAUACGAAAUCGUAUACCUUCCGUGUAUGUGGUUUUUUUUCACGUUACGUUCAAUCUUACUGACAUUUAGUAUUUAGCAAGCUUGUAUGAUUGCAUAUAUUUCAUUACUAUUUGGAAAACUGCAAACAAUAAUUUGAUAUUUAACUGCUUGGCUAAUCGAAAGAAAAAUAAUCGAAAUAAAAUCUAGCCCAAUGGAUGAUAUAAUAAAGCAAGAACCUAAUCAAGAGAUGGGUUCAUCUUCAGCAUCAGUACCAAUACCAGGAGGGCAUAGAAGCACUAGAGGUGUAUAUGAUCAAUUUUCACCAUCUCCAUUGACUAUACCUUCUAUGUGGCCUAACCGACCAGAUCUUAUAGAAUCUCCAUUUAAAAUGGAUUCCGAUCAAUUAGAUGAUUCUUUUAAAAUGGAAGAUGAUGAUAUAUUUCAAGUUGACAAAGCAGAUCUUAUUCAAGGACCUACCCUCGCCGAAUUGAAUGCCAAUGACGAAACACUUUUAGGUGAUUUAAACUUUGACGAUCUGCUUUUACCAGAAGAAAGGAUUCAACCAUUUAAAGUAGAUGUUAAUACUACACAAUCAGUUGGACCACUAUUCAAUGAUAACAAUACAGGCUUUGCACCAAGCAGUUUUCCACAAUCUGGAUCAGUGUAUCGUAACAUCUGUCCCACGUACAUAAAUGCACAUGGAUUUAAUCUGAAUAUAAAUAUAAAUGUUGCUGAUAAUUUGGAGACAAUUAGUCCAAAUGCAUUUCCAAGUCCAGGAACCAGUAAUGUUGCAGGUAGUUCAACAGCAAGUUCAUCUACAUCUCCACAUCCUAUGAACAGGCCUAGUGGUCAAUCUGCUCUUCAUGAGCUGUUAAUAAGACGAUGCGAAAACUCUUUUGAUAAUUCCACUUGUGGGCAAUUAGACAUUGGAUGUACAACCAACAAUAAACCUAAGGUUUCUAGAUUGUCCAUGUCCGCUCCAACUAGAACAAUGGGAUUUGAUCAAAUUUGGACACGCAGGGAACCACGACCACAUUUGUUAAGCACUAGUAGUCUUACUGGAAGCGGAGUCAUUGAAGCAAGUUCGACAAGUAGCUUGAGUACUGGAGAAGCACUUAGUCCUGAUCCAUGUUACCGUACUGAUCAUCUUAGUCAUGAUGAAGGUUAUGAAGAUAGUGACGAUGACAGUGAUCAUUAUGAUGACUACAGCAGUGAUAACGAUACAGGUGGUAGUGAUGGUGAAGAUCAAAGUACUGGGAGUAGAGUAGGAACUGGGAGUGUAGACUCAAACCGAGAUAAUAAACACAGCAAAAAAGAACGAUAUUUUUGGCAGUAUAAUGUACAAGCAAAAGGACCAAAAGGACAAAGACUCGUAGCAAGAGCGCGCCUCGAAGAUCCGCAUAUUUUAAACGAAGCCACUGAUCCUGUUUUCAGUCCCCAUUGUGUCCUUCGCGGAAUUAAGCAUAGUGGGAAGGCUCGUAAAGGAGAUGGAAACGAUCUCACCCCGAAUCCAAGAAAAUUAUAUAGUAUCGGUCGUGAAUUGGAUAAAUUAUCUCGAAUCAUAAAUGACAUGACGCCUGUAUCGGAGUUACCAUUCCCAGCAAGACCCAAAACUCGCAAAGAAAAAAAUAAGCUUGCUUCCCGGGCGUGUCGCUUAAAGAAAAAGGCUCAGCACGAGGCAAAUAAAAUAAAACUACAUGGUCUUGAACAGGAGCACAAACGAUUAAUUUAUGGCAUAUCUCAAGCGAAGCAAACACUUGCUGCAAAGUUAGCAGAACCUAAUCCUGAACAUCAAGAAGAGUUAACGCGUCAGAUGGAAAAAUGCUGUAAAUUAGCUACUAAAGUUCGUAUAGCCAGUCACUCAACCGAAUUUGUCAACAAAGUAUUGGAUAAAGUUCGUGCUGGCGUCCUUGAUGGCGGCAUCGAUGACUUUUAAUAUACCUGGAUUCUUUGUUAAAAACAUACAUUCAUACAUAUUCAUACAAGAUUGUGAACAAGAAGCGAUGCAUUCAUACAUUUUUUUAGCAGUUUAUCAUAAGUAAGAAAUCGAAUUCUUCAACAUGGAGAUGAGGAACUAAGGAAGUGUAAAAAGACCCAACGAUUUGAAUUGUUUUAUAAGAAAAAAAGUUAGCAAUCACUAGACAGGUACUAUCAACAGUAUACUAAAUUAAGUAAAGUUGAAGAUAUUCUUAUAGUUUCUUUUAAUCUUUAAUAUUAAGUAAUAUAUUGCAGGUUGCUCAUUUUUAUACAGACAGCAUCGUGUGACUUACCCGUUCCUAACUCCAUUUGUGAUAAAUAAUUUCAUUCACUUUCUUACCACCAUAAUCCAAAACAUUUUAGAUU